UCAGCAAUUCAGAUCGUCAUUCGUCGUAUUGUCAUUUUAUUUCACUAACUUUCAUCAUACCAUUCUAUUAUAUUCCGUAUUUUUGAGUAAUAAAUAACUUACUUUAAGUACACACAUUUCGUUAUAUAUCACAAUGGUUCUUGACUUAGACUUAUUUCGUGCAGACAAAGAUGGAAACCCUGAUAAAAUACGCGAAAAUCAAAGAAAACGUUAUAAAGACGUUGCUUUAGUAGACACUGUUGUUGAACAGGAUACCUUAUGGCGUAAACUGCGACACGAUGCUGAUAACUUGAACAAAUUAAAAAAUGUGUGCAGUAAGGAAAUAGGUCAAAAGAUGAAAAAUAAGGAACCGGUUGGUCCAGAUGAUGAACCUGUACCUCAAGAAGUGUCAGAUAACCUAAUAAACCUAACCGGCGAGCAGCUUAGGCCACUCACCGUUAACCAGAUUAAAAAGGUUAGAGUACUCAUAGAUGAAGCUAUAAAAAAUAAUGAGCAAGCUCUGGUAGUAGCAGAAAAGGCUCGUUCGGCAGCUCUCAGAGAAGUAGGUAACCAUUUACAUGAGUCAGUCCCAGUGGAUGAUGAUGAAGACCACAAUGCCAUUGAGAGAACCUUUGGAGACUGUGCUGUGAGGCAAAAAUACUCUCAUGUGGAUCUAAUUUGUAUGAUAGAUGGUAUGGAUGGUGAGAGGGGUGCAGCAGUAGCUGGUGGACGAGGUUAUUAUCUCAAGGGGCCUGCAGUGUUUCUAGAGCAAGCUCUUGUGCAGCUCUCUCUGAGGAUACUCUUAAAACAAGGAUACACACCUUUAUACACACCCUUUUUUAUGAGAAAAGAGGUGAUGCAAGAAGUUGCACAAUUAGCACAGUUUGAUGAAGAACUUUACAAGGUAGUAGGUAAAGGCUCUGAAAAUAAAGGAGAUGUUGCUGUUGAGGAGAAAUAUCUUAUUGCCACAUCAGAGCAACCCAUAGCCGCAUACCACAGAGAUGAGUGGCUACCUGAAUCUUCUUUACCCAUAAGGUAUGCAGGUCUGUCAACAUGUUUUCGCCAAGAAGUUGGUUCACAUGGGCGAGACACUCGAGGCAUUUUCAGAGUACAUCAAUUUGAAAAGGUGGAGCAGUUUGUUUUGACUUCUCCUCAUGACAAUGCAUCAUGGAAAAUGAUGGAUGAAAUGAUAAAUAAUGCUGAAGAAUUUUGCAAGGUUUUGGGAAUCCCUUAUCGUGUCGUCAAUAUAGUGUCUGGUGCACUUAAUCAUGCUGCUGCAAAAAAAUUAGAUUUGGAAGCCUGGUUUCCGGGUUCUGGUGCUUUCCGUGAGCUGGUAUCAUGCAGCAACUGUCUUGAAUAUCAAGCAAGACGCCUACUGGUAAGAUAUGGUCAGACAAAAAAAAUGAAUGCAGCAACAGAGUAUGUCCACAUGUUAAAUGCGACGAUGUGUGCCACCACGCGUGUCAUCUGCGCGAUCCUCGAGGUGCACCAGUGCGAAGAAGGAAUCAAGAUACCUGAAGUUUUAAAACCGUGGAUGCCAGAACAGUACCAGGAUAUUAUUCCAUUUGUCAAACCGGCACCCAUAGACCUAGAAGCUGCCGCCGCUGCUAAGAAGGGAAAAAAAUAAGUGAAAUACAACAUCUUAAAGUAAUCUGCUUCGUUACGCAUUUAAUUUAUUAUAUGCUAAGCUUAAAGUUUGCAUUUGAUUAUUUUAAUUAUGAAUAUUCUGAUUUAACGUUAUUAAUAAAUUUGGCUCUG